UGCUCAGAGCUCAGGCUCCCAAGCCAGCUCUUAACCAACGAGCCACUCAGCCGGCCCCAUCAAGUCCAUUCUUGAUUGUCAUCUGCAGCACACGCGUGCGCACACACAUACACCCAUUACAACUAACACAAUAAUUAACAAAACACUUCCAACCUGCAUUUUAACAAGAAAUCAUCCCUUUCUCCAGCCCAAGAGGUUCAAGAAAAACAGAGUACGUGAAUGCGUUGCGUUUAGUCUGAGACUGCAAAGGUCAGCUCUCAGCCCGGGGAAGGGAACCAUCAUGAACUUUUCCCAGAAGGAGCUGCUUUGCAUGAAAUUUUAGUAAUAAGCACCACGCUUGCAUUUAAAAUAUGACUAUGUUUUUAUACAAAUGAUGUCUACAAAAUUCCAGGUGCCCUGCUAUCGUGUUAAGGCCCAGGUCAGUUCAUCUCACAACUCAGAAUCUCUUGGUUGUAGAGAGUAGUCCUGCUUGAAAUAGGUGGGCAGCUGUCAGGGCAUGGGUGUCUACUUCCAGAGAAAUUCUUCUGUAGUUUAAUGACAUUUUUAAAAGUAGGAUCCCGCCGUCUCUGCAGGGUUCCAAUUAGCAGUUACCAAAUGAACAUUGUAAAUUCUCUGCAUCCACCGGGAAGCUGGACCCACUGAUGCAAUAUUCAAACAGUUCUUCAGUGGCACCGACUGCACGUACACAGCACUGCACCUGGGCUCACUGAUCCCCAUGGCCAGGGGCAUGGCUCUACUCCAUUUGUUUCUCAGGGCUACAUUUCUGCUCACUCUCUCCUGGUCACAGGCUCUCCACCUGGGGUCUGUGUGUGUGCCAAGGGCAGUGUGUGUGUGUGGGCGGCCUGUGGGCCUCCCGAAACAAUAUGCAACAUCUCGUGUGUGCGUUUCUUGAGAGUAGGCCAUCGGACCCACGUGUCAGGUGCUCACAGGGACUAGAGACCCCCUGCCCUGUGUCAGUGGCCCUGCAGCAUUUGGAGAGCACUGUCCAGCCCUGACUGUGCCAGGAUCCCACUGGACCUCAAUAACCAAAUUCACGACCUUUCUGCGUCCCCCCCAGCUUGGUUAGUAACACCCCAAAUCGGGCCACGUGAAGCCUCAGAGACCUCUGAUCUUUCACUGUCUCUAACCCUGGCCUCCAAUUAUUGUCCAAAUGUUGUGGUUCGCAGCCUUGAAAGUUCAUUCUUACCUGCCUGUCUCUCCCCUCUGCCACUGCCUCGAGGCUGGGCCCCACCAGCUCUGGCCAGGCCCAUUCCAGCAGCUUCCUACUUGGUCUCCGGCUGGGAGUUUUGCUUCGGCGCCGUCCAUCCUCUGCAGCAAUCCUACGUGCCCGGCCUCUGUUCACACCCUUUCAGUGGCCCAGGGUCACUGAUCUCAUCGCCUUCAGCCCCUCACCCCGUCCGCACCAGGUAGCUGGCUGUUCCUGUCCUGCCUUCUUCAUAUGCCCCGGGUAUGUGGGUCUUUGCAUCUAUUCCCCCCUCCCUUCUGCCUACUGAGUCUUGUCUCCUAUCCCUGUCAAGCCUCCUCACCAACACAUCCCCUCCCUGCCCCGCUUUCUGGGUCCCUAAAUGCAUGACUCCUGGUCCUGUGUCACUGUGUCUGUGCACAUUCUCCUGGAUUACGAACUCCCGGAGGACAAGGCUCUGUCCUUGUGAUCUGUGCAGCCCCAGGGGCGGGACAGGGCCCGGCACCCACGUGGCCUACGUCAAUGGUGGCUGAACGGGACUGAAGGAGUCAGUGUGCUGUGAGGCUGAGUCAGCACAGCGCGCGAUGGAAAAACCACCUCACAUCCCCACAUGCAGACCCAGGCUCUCCCGCCCUUGGCAGUCAGUCCUCCUCUGAUAGCUCCUAUCUGUGGGUGACCGACCCCACCCGUCUUCCCGGCCCAGCAAGCAACAGCCUUAACUCUUCCCACUCCCUCAAGUCUGGGGCUUCUCCUAUCCGCGAGGGUCUCCGGAAAUCUGUUCACUUCCCUCCUAAGUCACCGCGGGCCUGGGAACUGGUCUCUGCCUUACUCCUUCUGCACCCACUGUCCACACAUAAGGCAACUUCUUUAUGGAUCCAAAUGGAAUCGUGUCACCUCAAACCUUAACACCCUUCCUCAGCUCCCAGUACUUCCAAGGCCUGCACUGCCCUCUUCUCCCCUUAGGGCCCCGACUCUAUCCCCUGGUCCUGCUUCUCCGUGGGCCUGAACACCUGGCCCUGUUUCCUAUGGCUUCAUGUCACCUCUUCAGGAGACAAUCCCCUGCUCCCCUAGGCCAGGGUUAGGAGUUCAUUGAGGGUGCCUAUCCCCCAGCACCGCUCAUCAGGCUUGCAGCUUCUUAAGGGCGGGGACAGUUCACAGGGGUUCCCUCAGCCUCAGGCCUAAUUACGGGUAGACGCUCAGCAAGUGAAAGGAACUAUUGGUGCCGUGAUUUGAUGCCCGCGGGCACAGCGACGGCCACGGAUGUUGCACUCCCCCUCGGAGCCAGUCAGCAUAAAAGCAAAGCCCGCCAAGCUCAGGGCUCAAGCGGAGAACAAAAGGAUGCAGGAUGCGCCCCAGGGGUCUGUCCCGGCCGCGGCCCAAGAGCGGCCCCGCCCUUCACUUCCUAGAGAGAGUGAAGUGCAGCGUGGGAAGCGCCGGUGGCUCGCGGGGAGCCCGCGGGCUGGAAGCCGUGACCGCACAGCCCAAGACCAGACCGACCUCAGGCAGCGGGCGCUGCAGGGCGAGGGGCGGGGCGGGCGGCUAGCGCUGGGGCCGCGCCCUCCAGCCACUCCCCGGGGCGACGAGGCGCCAGGGCGGCCACCAGGCGGCUCCCCCAAGCGCUUGCGCCCACCCCCGGCCGCCGGUGUCCCCCGCGGCCCAUGUCCUCUGCGCCGCAGCUGCGCUCGUCUCCCCUGCGGCCCCCCAAGAUGAAGAAGGACGAGUCGUUUCUGGGCAAGCUGGGCGGCACGCUGGCGAGGAAGAAGAAGGCCAGGGAGGUGACUGACCUACAGGAAGAAGGCAAAAAUGCCAUCAACUCACCCAUGUCCCCUGCCUCGGCGAACCUGCACCCUGAAGACACCCUGCUAGAGGAGAACGAGGAACGCAGGAUGAUCGACCCCACCUCCAAGGAUGACCCCAAAUUCAAGGAGCUGGUCAAGGUUCUCAUCGACUGGAUCAACGACGUCCUGGUGGAAGAAAGGAUCAUCGUGAAACAGCUGGAGGAGGACCUUUACGACGGCCAGGUGCUGCAGAAGCUCUUGGAAAAACUGGCGGACUGCAAGCUGAACGUGGCCGAGGUGACACAGUCCGAAAUAGGGCAGAAACAGAAGCUGCAGACGGUGCUGGAAGCCGUGCAUGACCUCCUGCGUCCUCACGGCUGGGCACUCCAGUGGACCGUAGACUCAAUCCAUGGGAAGAACCUGGUGGCCAUCCUGCACCUGCUCGUGUCCCUGGCCACACACUUCCGGGCCCCGAUCCGCCUCCCCGAGCACGUCUCUGUGCAAAUGGUGGUCGUGCGGAAGCGGGAAGGCCUGCUCCAUUCCAGCCACGUCACAGAGGAGCUGACCACGACCACGGAGAUGAUGAUGGGGCGGUUUGAGCGGGACGCCUUCGACACCCUCUUCGACCAUGCCCCGGACAAGCUCAGCGUGGUGAAGAAGUCCCUCAUCACAUUUGUGAACAAGCACCUGAACAAGCUGAACUUGGAGGUGACGGAACUAGAGACCCAGUUUGCAGAUGGCGUGUACCUGGUUCUGCUCAUGGGCCUUCUGGAAGAUUACUUUGUCCCCCUGCACAACUUCCACCUGACCCCGGACAGCUUCGACCAGAAGGUCCACAACGUGUCCUUUGCUUUUGAGCUGAUGCUGGACGGAGGGCUCAAGAAGCCCAAGGCUCGGCCCGAAGAUGUGGUGAACCUGGACCUCAAGUCCACCCUGAGGGUUCUUUACAACCUAUUCACCAAGUACAAGGACAUGGAGUGACGGCGGGGCAGCAGAGACCACGGUGGGAACGUCCCCCGUGCCCCGCCUUCCAGAGAGGCAGGCACUGGGCGUCCCCUCCAAGCCCCCACCUUUUCCUGGUUGUCGCUCUCCACCUCCUUUCUGUGUAAUUUGAAAUGCAGGGUUCUAAACACCAGUUCUUGUGUCUGAGGCCUCCUCACCUGGGGUUCCACCGGUGCGAAGUGAGUGGUUAUCAGCUGGAUCAAAAAAUGAAAAAGAGAAAGCCCAUGGGAGGGGCGCCCCGCGUUCCAUUUGGUGGCACGAUUAGCCGUCGCAGGCGAUGAGAAAGGCACUGUCAGCUUGACUGUUCUGGGAGAAUCCCUUGGGAUGGCUCUGCUUGGAAGCGAAGCCUUUUUAGUCAAAAGUGUUUUGCAGUUUUAAUAAGUCCCAGAGGCUUUCGCUGUGACAGGAAUGUCGGCCGCGCGUUCCUGCUCCUUGGCCGCUCUGUUGUUUUCAUGUGGUUUUUGCAUAAACAUCUAAGACCCAGAUGACCUGGCUGCCACAGCCCACAGAGGGAAGGAUUUGCUGAAGGCAUUUCUUUAUUUCUUGCUACCCUGUGGGCUGGGUCAGAGCUGGCUCUAAAACGCAGCUUGAGACGACCCCUCCGGCAGUUUCCCAUCUCAGGGCCCCUGUUUGGGAAUGGACGCAUUUUUUAAAAACUUAAAAAGCAGUGUGUAUUCGUUUGCUCAGGCUGCCUUAACAAAGCACCCCUGACUAGAGGGCUUAGACAACAGAAAUGUAUCCUCUCACAGCUCUGGAGGCUGGAAGUUCUAGAUCAAGGUGUCAGCAGGGCCAGUUCCUCCUGAGGCCACCAUCCAUGUGUCCCCCUCACACGGUCAUCCCCACGGUGUGUGCCUGUGUCCUCAUCUCUUCUUCUUACAAGGACACUGGUCCUAUUGGGGUAGGGCCUAUCCCACUGACCUCAUGUAACCUUAAUCACCUCUUUAAAGACCCCAUCUCUAAAUAGUCGUGUUCUGAGGUCCUGGGGGUUUGGGCUUUAACAUGUGGAUUCUAGGGAUGGGGGGCAUGCAGCCCAUAAUGGGGAGAUGAGGUGUUUAUCUCACGCCUCCCAGAGCCUUGGCUUCCAGGGCCCCGUUGGCAUCUCUGCUUGGGGUGCCUGUAAAAGGAAAUGUUGAUCACUUAUUUACAUGCUGCUCACUCUCUGCUCACCUUGGCUCAGGAGAGAAAUGGGUCUCAGGUGGUUCCUGCACGGUGCCCCCCAAACCCCCUUCCCCAGCUCCCAGCUGGGGCUUUUAACAUGCUGACACCCUGGGAGGCCCCCUGCCAAUCAGCCUGCUUUGGGCCCUUCCCAUCUCUUUGAUUUUUGUCUUCCCGCCAUAGAUCAGAGCUGUUGAGUAACUUGUUCCUAUCAAAUUGAAUGCGAAUGCUCACGAUUUAGAAAAGAGUUUAAUAUUCUGUCUCUGCUUUGGCUGCUUCCAGGCUGGGGAUGGGUUCAGAAUAGCCAUUUUGAUGGAGGUGUUCUCCCAGCGGGGGAAAGAAGUAAUUAAAAUGGCAUUAAUGUUGUCUCCUGCGGGACGAGUGACGUUAAAGAACAGCAUUGACACAGUGACUGAGGGCGGGAUGUUCUGUCCCACUUCAUUUACUCACAUGGAGUCACAGCACCUGGGGCCAGUGGGCCCACCCGGUGGGCUGGUUCACAGGUGGGCUUGGCGAGGGUGUCACCGAUUUCUGGGGGCUGCGGCGGGGGAUGAAGGAGGCAAGGCCGGGAUUUGGAAAGAACGCAACCUCGGGGGUUUCAGCCCAAGGGGCCUCUGCCCAUUCCAUGCCAUGAAGGGGAGGAAAUGGGGGGCUCAGCUUCCCAGGGCAGCGAGCCCACUUAAGCCCUCCGUGUUUCAAGUGGGAGAGAGCAAGGAGCAGGAAGACGUGGGGAAGCCGUCCACGGCAGGGUUGCCUCACGCUGCUGACUGCUUGAGGCCAUGGCUCCGGCAGAGGAUGUUCUCUUUUAUCCAAAUUAUUUUUUUUCAAGUUGGUUCGAAGGCGUGGGUGUGCCUUCCGCAUACCAUCGAAGGAUGCCCCCCUGCUCUGUCCGCAUCUCAUUUUUUCUCCUUCACUGCCCAGUGUGGAUCAGAAUUCAAACGUGGCCUGGAUGGAUGUGUCAGGGGCCAGUUCCGAGGCAGAAGUUGGGUGACCUCUGCUGUGGGGAAUGUCUUCCUGGGUGAUUAGCCCAGUGUCCCUAUUGGCUUGGGGACAAUAGUUGUCUGGGCAUGAGUUCCAGGGUUAGGGAUGCUGGAGUGUCUUCUUGGGGUAGCUUGGGUUGCAGAAAAAACCCUUAAUUCCAGAAAGUUCUGAACCCUUUCUCAUCGGCUGACCCAAAUUUCCAGUGAAUUGUUUUCUCUGAAGAUGGACCCUCACCCACAGGAACUGAGCGGAAGCAAGAACAAGCUCUGUAAGCCGAGUGUGAAAUAUUUCUCUACUUUUAUCGUUUCUGGGCGUGUCACUGCCCCCCCUCCCAAUGGCCUGGGGGCACCUUGUUUCCUCUUUAACAGCCACACAUCACAUGCAUGCACCAGCCCGGCACCCAUGUGUGCUGAGGUCCUGAUGGGGUGUGACAAAGAGCUACAUCGUUUUAAAGCGGCUGAGUCCUCUUCACCCCUUUUGUGUGCUAGUAUUUUAUUGUCUUUUUAACUGUUUUAAGCAAUGUUUACUUUGGGUAUUAAAUAAAAGCCUCUCUAACCCUGGCCCACCCGGGAAGCGGACCCUUGGGCCCGCACGCUGCGCUGCAGGCCAACGCGUCCUAAGCCAAGCGCUCAAGUUAGCAAAAUACCAUGUGGUGUGAACAGCGUGCUGUUAUUUAUUGCAAUAAAGAACUCAUGA